UAUUCCAUUCCUUCAAACUGAAAACCAGCUCCUCGUCCCCAAAAAUGGCCGUUUCUUCCGGUGCCCGUCUCUCCGAGAGUGGCGCUGAAGGAGGAGAGCCCUACGCCGGCCAAUGCGAGCACCUCGAAGGAAUCGGAAAGCGCGCCGCCGACAAAUUCGACCCCGCCGCGCCGCCGCCGUUCAAGAUCGCCGACAUCCGCGCCGCGAUCCCGCCGCAUUGCUGGGUGAAGGACCCCCUCCGCUCCCUCAGCUACGUCGCCUGGGAUCUCAUCGCCGUCGCCGCGCUCCUCGCCGCCGCCGCCUACUUCGACAGCUGGAUCUUCUGGCCGAUCUACUGGGCGGCCCAGGGCACCAUGUUUUGGGCCUUGUUCGUCCUCGGCCACGAUUGUGGGCACGGGAGUUUUUCAGACAGCACCACGCUAAAUAACGUGGUGGGACACAUACUACAUUCUUCAAUUCUUGUACCUUAUCAUGGAUGGCGAAUUAGCCAUCGAACACACCACCAGAAUCAUGGUCACGUGGAGAAGGACGAGUCAUGGGUGCCGCUGCCUGAGAAUUUAUACAAGCAGCUAGAUUUCUCAACUAAAUUCUUGAGAUACAAAAUCCCAUUCCCCAUGUUUGCCUACCCUCUCUACUUGUGGUAUAGAAGUCCUGGAAAAACUGGAUCUCAUUUCAACCCAGAUAGCAGUUUGUUCAAACCCAAUGAGAGAGAUUUGGUCAUCACUUCCACCGUUUGUUGGGCUGCAAUGGUUGCUUUUCUCCUUUAUGCUUCCACCAUUGUUGGCCCAACCAUGUUGUUCAAGCUCUACGGCGUGCCUUAUUUGAUAUUCGUUGUGUGGUUGGACACGGUGACAUAUUUGCAUCACCAUGGUUACGACAAGAAGCUGCCAUGGUACCGCAGCAAGGAAUGGAGUUAUUUAAGAGGAGGAUUGACAACAGUAGAUCAAGACUAUGGAAUAUUCAACAAAAUUCACCAUGAUAUUGGCACCCAUGUUAUACACCACCUCUUCCCUCAGAUCCCACACUACCAUUUAGUGGAAGCGACGAGGGAGGCGAAGAGGGUGCUCGGAAAUUACUACAGAGAGCCCAGAAAAUCUGGACCAGUUCCAUUUCACUUGAUUCCCACAUUGUUGAAAAGUCUAAGCAGAGAUCAUUAUGUCAGUGAUAAUGGAGACAUAGUUUACUAUCAAACUGAUAGUCAGCUAUUUUCGUCAAAAGAGAUUUAGUGAUGGGUUCUAAAAUAAUCAAAUUGUAUUAGAUUUAUUUCAUGGUAGCUUUUUGGGGCCACAUUGUUUUAAUUAGAGAAAUGAUUGUGUGCCUCAAGAAGAAUUUUAAAUAAUUGUAUCGAGUUUUUCAGAAUGCAAUUUUGCUCCCCCUUGUUUUUUGUUUUAUGAUUAUGUAAUAUCCCUUUAAAUAAAGUUUUUAGGUGAUUGUGUGCCAGUUUUGUGGACUUUUGAAGAUUACUUGUAUUAUUUAAAAAGAAAAGAAGAGGUUUGGUAUA